GAAGGUGAUCGCAUCCUGGAAUUGAAUGGUUUACCCAUUGCUGAGCUACCCGUGGAUGAUGUGGCGCGUAUUCUUAAUCGUGUCGAUCACGGUACUGUCACUCUAAAAUUAGUCCCUGCGGAUAGCUCUACUCGAGGAGAGAAUGGCGCUCCCCAUGUGUACAUGCGUGCCAUGUAUGAUUAUAAUGGCAAGAAUGACGAGCGGCAUCCCUGCCCCGAGGUGUCCAUAGCUUUUAGCAAAGGAGACAUCCUCGAGUUACUUGCGUGCAAUGAUGAUCAUUGGUGGCAGGCACGUCGUAUCGGAAAUGGAGCGUUCGCGAAUUGUGAGGAUAUCAAAGCAGCAUCACGGAUAGGCCUAAUACCAUCUGAAGCUCUUCAACUAGCUAAGUCUACCUCAGAACAGGAGCUGAAGCAUGCGGACCGUCGUGGGUCCAGUCACUCACGGAGCAGCCAUGAUUCGGAGUUAAUCUAUGAAUCGGUAUGCCGUGCCUUGCCCAGAGAAGAUGAAUCAAGGAUCAUUGUGCUACUCGGACCACCCGGUGUUGGCAGGAAUGAACUUAAACGGCGUCUGCUAGCGCGGUUCCCUCAACGGUUCACCACUACUAUUCCGCAUACCACGAGGGCAAUGAGAGCUGGAGAAGCUGAAGGUGUUGAUUACUACUUUGUGGAGCGGUCUGUGAUGGAAAAGAUGAUAUAUUCUGGACAGAUGUUAGAGUAUGGAGAAUAUAAAGGUAAUCUGUACGGAACCGCCCUGUCCUCAGUGCGUGAUGCAAAGCGCCGAGGAACUCUGCUCAUCACCCCUCAUCCGUUGGCAUUGCAACUGCUGCGUACUUCUGAAUUUAUGCCGUUUAUUAUUUUCGUACAACCACCUGAUAAGGUGACAUUUAAGGUUACUCGAGCCGCUGGUCCGCAUAGUACUCGCGCUUCUACGUCAACUUUAAAGAGAAGCACCUAUGGCCGGUCCUUCACAGAUGUAGAAAUAGAACAGAUCUUGGAGAGCAGUGCUUCACUUUAUAAGCAAUAUCGCCAUUUAUUGGAUACAACUUUAAUCAACAAAGAUCUCGAGGAGAGCUGUACACAACUGCUUCGUCUCAUCAAUGAUCUGGAAACGAAACCCACAUGGGUACCUCUCAGUUGGGCGACUCAUCUACGGUCAGAUUGA